AUGGACGGCAUCACGGGCUCGUCGCGGAAGGAUAGCAAUGCGCGGAUCGUUCAUUCAGAAAAACGCCGACGCGAACUUGAUCCCCUCGACUCCAUCCCACACCUUUCCUGCGCGAAAAACGUUGGAACUUGCGCCUCAAGCGUGACGAGUCCCCUCAGCCCUGCUCACGAGUCACGCAUAUCUUCUUUGUCAUACGUGAAUGUGAAAGUGUACGCUCUGGGUAUGAAGUCGCGUUUGGCUUGCCUACAAUACCUUUUUGAAUUCCUGCAAGCUGUCCGACGUGGCAUGUGGUACCUAAGCGUCAGUCUAUCGGUAUCGAGCUGA